UCACACAUUCAAAGUCUUCUCGUGAAAAGCCAAACAUGCCUGACACUCUUUAACACAUACACACUCUCUCUACUAAUCUCUCUCUCUCUCUCUCUGUCUCUCUCGUGAGACAAACUACAAGAUAAAAGCUGCAUAUAUUGGUCUAAAGCCACACCCUUUCACUCUUUAUCUCUGUACUGUUUUCUUGAUUCAAAUUCAUGGAGUUCUCCAUUUCUAAACUUGUAUGCUUCUUGGGUUUCACUUGUUUGGCUCUGCUUGUCAACACUGCUCAUUCUGCAACGGUUGUUGUAGACGGUGUUUCAAAUUGGAAAGACCCCACUGUUCAAGUUGGAGAUUCAGUCAUAUUUGAGCACAAGUACGAGUACAAGCUCUACAUUUUCCAGAACAGAAGAGCUUUCAACCUCUGCAACUUCACUCAAGCUACUCUUCUCACUAACCCCAACUCCACAUCCUACACAUGGCAUCCAUCUAGACUCGGGUACUUCUAUUUCUCCUUCAACAAUGGCACCACAAAACCAUGUGAACAAGGCCAAAAACUUGCCAUCAAAGUAUCCAUUUUCCAGCCUCAAGUCUCCUCACCCUUGGCAUCUCCUCCCCUGAGUCCCGGUGGGGCAGUAUCGUCCUCCCCAUCGUACCAAUGGCCUUUUCGUCCCCGCGAUUCGACAUCCCCGGGUCCUGCACCUACCACUGCACUACUUCCGGCCUCAAGUCCCGGUGGAGGCAUACCAUUUAUAAACAGCAACCCGGCAGUGCCAUUGCCGACUGGUGAAGUGGACUCUGCCACAAUUGGUCCCCUGCCCAUCACCUCUGCUGCUCACUAUACAAUGCUGCAGGUUGUGGGGUUCCAGUUUCACCCGCAGCUUCAGACAGCUCUGCUAUGUUUUGUGCUUUUCCUUGCACUGCAAUGAAGACAGAGAGAAAGAAACAGAGAUGUUUGGUUUUUUGUAUGUAAAAUUAUAUUAGAAUUAGGCGUAAUAUGAGGCUCUGGGACCAUGGUUUUGAAUCUAAAGUAGGUUUAAAGGAUGAUUAGUUUAGAUGAUGGUUUAUAAAUCAUCCAUUCAUUAGUGCUCUACUCUUCUACUUUGUGUAACAUCCUUGACCCUACUUUUGAAUCACUACCACCUCUUCUUUUUC